UUUGUACGCUACAUUUGCAAAGCUUACAUGAUUCUUGUCCGGUCUUAUACCUGAAACUAAUUACAAAAGGUUUUACUUCGAUGGUCGGUGGCACAUGAAAUGGCGAGCCCAGAUGACAGACCACCAUGUCCCGGGUGUUCUUCUUAUCUGAUCGAACCUUUUAUAAGAUGCGACGUUUGUGGUCCGCCUCUAUUUUAUCUCUGUCUUCAGUGUUUUUCUCGUGGAUGGGAAGGAGAUGGACAUGAAAAUAACCAUGCUUAUGAAAUCAUAACAAACGAUUUUAGCGUGUUAGAUCAUAGAUGGACUGCUAAAGAAGAACUUGCAUUACUGGAAGCAGUCGGUGACUGUGGACUUGGCAACUGGAUAGAUGUUUCUAAUCAAGUACAAACUAAAUCCAAAUGGGAAUGUGAGCACCAUUAUCUGAAUACCUAUAUUAUGUAUCCUAAGUCACCACUGCCAGUUCUACCCAUACCUGAUAUACCACAGCCAUCCAAGCCUAUACUGUGUAAAAUUUCAGAAGACCCACCCAGACCGGCGAAAGACUCCCAGAGAGCAACUGACAUGGCAGGUUAUAUUGCUGCCAGGGGAGAUUUCACAGAGGAGUAUGAUAACUAUGUAGAAUGGGAUGUUAAAGAUGUUUACUUUGCUGAUGAUGAUGAGAGGCUGUUAACCGCACUUAAGAUGUCAGUAGUACAGAUUUUUUACUCUCGCUUAAGAGAGAGACAUAAAAGAAAAAGGAUUACUUUCCAUGCAGGCACUAGGCUAUAUGAAAAGUUGAAAAUGAGAAGGGAAGAACAAAGAUACAAAUGUAAUAUGUUGACAGAUGUAUUGGGUUAUGUUGAAGAUCAGAAUGCUUGUCAGCAAUGGUUACAAAAACAGGCACUGCUGGAUAGUGGUCAGAUGUUCACUGUGUUUCCUUCUAUAAGUAGAAAAAGUGCACCUCCACUUGAUGUCAAGUCUUUCCCAGGUUAUGACAAACUGACUGAAGCUGAGAAAGAGAUGUGUGCACAUGUACGAAUCAUUCCAGAAGCAUACUUUGAAUACAAGAAGAUACUUGUCAGUGAAUGCAAUAAACAGGGAUUUCUACGACUCAAACAAGCCAGGAAUUUGAUUAAGAUCGAUGUGAAUAAAACCAGGAAGUUGUUUGAUUUCAUGGUACAGCAGGGGAUGCUCAACAUUAAAUGAAUGACGUCAUGACAACCAAAGCCGUGAACCUAUCUAUAAAUCUGUACACUUUUAAUUACUUGUACACAGCCUGUGCAUAUAACACCUUAAUGAAUUUAAAUAUCAACAUGGACAUACACAUUUUAUUUUUUUUAUUUUUACAGUACAAUAUAAUUUCAGUAAACUAUUAAUGAGAAUGCAAGGUCAUAUAUAUGCAUGGAAAUAUUUAAGUAGUCAUUUUUUUUUAAGCAUGUACAUAAAAGUUACCUUGAGGUUGAUUGCAAUGUAACUAAACAAAACAAUAAUAAACUGUAAUUGCUCAUAUGGAAGACAUUCU